GUCCGCAUUCCCUGUGCCAUUACAGACUAUAUAGCCGUCGUGUGGCCGAACUGAGGUCCCGAUAUGGAGGGCAAACUGCCUCGGAGGAGGCAUGCCCAGCCAUCCUUUCACACUAUCUAUUUCAGAGAUGGAAUCCUCUCUCUUCCUGGCUAUGCGUUUGAGAAGGCCGUCCGAUGGGAAGACACUGGCUCCCAUACACAACUCGCAGAGGGUAGCAGUUUGAAAGACGGAUCGCCCGUACUCGCCAAGAUUGCUCCGGCGCACACGAACGCGUCUGUAUGUUUAGAGAGAGAGGCCCACAUACUCGGUGAAAUACAAACGCACACAGAGGCGUUCAACAUGUCGAUCAGGAUGAUAGACUUCUUCACCCUCCCCCGCACGAACGGCGACUGCGUCGUUCUUCUCCUCUCUCACCCUGGCCCCAAUCUUCUUGGUCGAUACCUCCCGCGGUCGAAAGUAAACGACCUUUUGCUGGCGGAGCAUGUGCAUGUGAAGAGGCCGCUACCUUCGGAGGAGAUCUACAUGGACAUAGACGAGUUAGAGGUCGAACAGGCGGACACGAUGGACUUGGCGACGUUUCUUGAGUUCGCCAUUCAAGCCACAUAUUGUCUAGAACAGAUCCAUCGAUUGAGCAUUAUACACCGCGAGGUCCGCGCAAACGCCUUUCACAUAAACUCACACUCCGGCGUCGUCCGUCUUGUUCACUUUGGCAACCGGUCAGAAUCGCUCGAACGCUAUGGUGGCCCGACAUCGCUCGUAUUACGGUCGGACACGUACGAGGAGGCGGACAAGGAGAAGGUGAAAGAGGUGUUGUGUUAUCUCGCCCCCGAGCAGACGGGCUCUGUCGAGACGAACACGGAGGACCAUCGGACGGACUUGUAUUCGCUGGGUAUUUUGUUUUGGACAUUGUUGGUGGGAAGGGGGAUGAUGCCAUUCCAGGGCCAAGCAUUGGAGAUUCUUCACUCGGUGGCGCAGAAGAGAGCGAUGCCGGUGCAUGAGGUUAGGAGGGAUAUUCCACAGGUGCUGGCGGAGAUCAUCGAGAAGCUCCUGAACAAGAACGCGGACCAGAGGUAUCAGAGCGCGUAUGGGCUCAAGGCUGACUUGCUUGAAUGCCAGCUCCGUCUGCUCAACGCAGUUUCAUCGUCGAAGGACGACUCGGUCGAGCUCAUCCCAUCUUUCGAGAUCGCCAGUAAAGAUCGCUAUGUGGUAUUCACCAUUCCUAAUGCCCUAUUUGGCCGAGAGAAAGAAAUUGAAAUGAUCCGCAAAGUGAUCCGCCACAGCUACUCGCACUACACCGUAGGCGACAAAGGCAUCGCGAUCUCCUCAUCCUCCGGCUCGCACAAGACCACCGCGUCCGCCGCGGGUGACAAUCCCGAAACGAGUAACCGGAGCAAUCCAUCGUCGAGGAGCGCGUCGCCUGCGCGGGCCGGUGGUGGUGACAAUAAUUCUGUCACGAUGGGCACUGCGAGCGAUGUGGCACCCAGCGUGGGACCGACUGUGGGGUCGGGAACGGGGACGGUCGGCCCUGGACAGGAAACUUUAGGGGUGUCGAGUGUUGGGUCGCCGGUUGCUUCGAUGACGGAUGGGUUGAGGAGGAUCGCGCUUCAGCCAUCGCAGAGGAGGUCGAUACGUGCGCAUGCGAUUUGCAUCGUUGGACCUGCUGGGGCGGGGAAGAGUUCACUUGUGCUUUCGCAACAGCCAAAAUGGAGACAGACCGGUCUCUUCGCUCAUGCAAAGUUUCAGGCGUCUGUGUCCUCUCCGUUUGCCGCUUUGUUCUCGUGUCUUUCUUCUGCCCUUCGUCAACUCAUGGCCUUCCAAUCCGACCUUCACCGCUUCGUUGAUGCCCUCCGUACAAGACUCGGUCCUCAAAUCCGUAUUCUUCCCCUCCUUUACGCAGGUGCACCCGAGCUUGAGGACAUCAUGAACCUGUUCCAAAUCACGAUCGACACUCCGCAGGAAGCACUGUCCACCCCCGAGCUGAGAGCAAGAUUCAACUCGUUGGCCGAGAACGUGAUUGGGGCCUUGGCGGAUACGAGGAUGUUCGCGCUGUUUUUGGACGAUUUGCAUGAGGCGGAUGAAUCGUCGAUGGACCUGAUUAAUACCCUUGCGCAUUCGAAGAGUCGCAUUCUCAUCUUCGCCACACUCCGAGAGGACAAACCAGAAACCCUCGAGCGCGUUCGAGGCAUUUUCACCGGUCGAUCAAAAGCGACAUGGAUCCAGCUCAGCCCCUUACCUUAUUCUGCGAUCGCUGGUCUCGUCAGUCGCACGCUUCACAGAAGGAAAGAAGAUGCGGCGCCGCUAUCGAGAUUGAUCCAUGCAGCCUCUGGGGGCAAUGCGUUCUCAGCUCGAAGUAUCCUUACAAGGCUACAAAGGCAGAAUAUGAUCAAGUUCAAUUACGACCAUAAUGAGUGGCAAUACGAUAUGACCGACAUUGAGGGCGCCCUCGUCAUGAACGAAGUCGCCGACCCAAACGACUUGACCUUCCUCAUUGCCCAUCUCAAACAACUCCCCGAAGACGGACGACGGUACAUCAUCUGGGCUUCAUUCUUUGGCGCAACUUUUAAGGUGACGGACGUUGCGCUCGUCAUGGAAAAGGACGACGUUUCUUCUGGCAGUGAGGCGGAGGACGACGACGACUGGAGUGUGACCGAGGUAGCGUCGCAUUUGAAGGACAGGGAGAGAGAGAAGGGGAAGGAGACCUCGAAUCGGGGCUCUAUGAAGGGUAUGCAGGUCGCUAUUGCGGAGGGAUGGAUCGUGAACAGGGGGAGGGAUGAGUGUAGUUUUGCACAUGAUAGGUAUAGGCAAGCGGCUGAGGCUGAGGCCGCGACCAUCCCUGAAGGUAACCUCGCGAAGAUGUCGUUCAGGAUCAUCUCCGUGAUGCUUCACGAACAAAAUCCAGACAUGUUCAAGAUCGCGGAGCGCGCACAACGAUGUCUGCCUCUUCUCCGAGAGCACGGGAGGCGCGAAGAAUUGGUAGCGUUGCUCAUCGACGCCGGACAGUCUGCGUGGGCGAAGGGUGCGCAUGAGAUUGCGUACCAGGCCUUCAUCAAUGCACGAGCCCUGUUGGAGGGUGAACUGUGGGAGUCUAACAAGGCUCGCGCGUUCAACAUGCUGUCUAAACUAGCAGAACUUUCUACGUGGAGAAGCAGCUACGAUGAAUCGGACGCCUUCAUCAACGAGUGCUACGACCACGCCGAAGACAUCGAACUCAAGGCCAAUCUUCUCCGUCUUCGUUCCCGCAACCAGUUCAUGCGAAACAAGUUCUCCGACGCCCUAUCGUAUACGUUACAGGCGCUGAGAUUGCUUGGGGUUGAGAUGAUGGCAAAUCCGACAAUGGAAAUGGCAGACGCGAUGUUUGAGGAGGUGAAGAACGAGAUGUUGGCCGUCGGAUUUGAUGCGGUCUUGAGGAUCCCAAGAGCGACGGAUCCGAAGAUGGAUCUGGCUGUGAGCUUGCUCAGUGAGGCCGCACUUCAUGCUUACUGGAAUACGAGCGGUGCCUUCACCAAUGUCAUUGGCUUGAAGACGGUGCAACUUGCGCUUCGCCAUGGUAUAUCUCCCGGGACUGGCCUGGGUUUGUUUUUCGUUUUGGAAGCUGCCGAGAGACGACAACUAUGCCGUUUUGCUGUGGACCUAGGACAAAUAGCUUUGAAGUUGUCUGAUAUGUAUGGGACGAGUGUUGAGAAGGGUCGCUCAUUAGUGUUGUACUCGACCAUGGUCGUUGGAUAUGAGAACUCGCAUAUUCGAACGAACAUCCCACGGUUGGAGCAAGCCGUUAAACAUGCAGCCAGUGCAGGGGAUCGGACAUUCGCCGCCUUCUCAAGCCUGCAUACGAUUGUCACGAAAAUUUCUCUGUCUGUGCACACGGACGAGCUACUUGUGGCGGCGGAAGACAGCCUCAAUGAUAUCAACCUCUGGGUGCCGAAAUCUGACACCGUUAUUCUGAGCAAGGGCCUCCUCUGUUGUAUCAGGGCUCUGGGUGGGUACACGCUCGCCACAUCGGCCGAUAACAUCUACCAAACAGAUACAUUCGAUGAGACACAAUACCUUUCCAGUGCACUCCCCCUAACCGACAAUCAAACCAUGGUCAUGAACUGGUUCAAUUCGUACAAGGUCGUAGCCUUGUUUAGCUUGGGUUUCACAACUGAAGCGGCGGAGCUUGGCUUUUCUGUGUACGAGACUCGACAUUCCCAUCCAAACCAUCGCCACACUCGGUUUGCGAUGUUCUUCCACAGUCUGGCCAUGAUCGCAUGUAUACGCAGAGGCCAAUGUCCACAUACUACGCGAUAUUUCAGCCAAAUAUCUCUGAACCAGGCGUUUCUUCGGACCUGGUCUGUCUCAAGUCCGAUCAAUACCAGCCAUUGGGUCACACUGGUGGACGCUGAACUCUCGUCUCUCGAAAACGGCAUGGAAGCUCUCCGUUUGUACGACGAGGCCGUCAAACUCUGUACCAAUAACGACUGGCUGCUGGAGGAAGGGUGGGCUCUCUGGCUGGAGGGCGCACAUUUGCUACGAUGUGGCGUAGACGGACUCGGGGGCGAUCUGAUGCGGAGGGGAAUCAGCCGUCAGAAUCACUGGGGCGCCCGAGGUAUUGCCAACUAUCUCACUUCUAUGGUGGACUAUCGACACAAGUCCCUCAAGCGGAACCUAUUUUCCUCCAGCGUUGGAGUGCAGACAGACGCAGCUUUGGUCACUGUGGCAGCAGAGUCAGGAACACAGUAUGAAGGGGCUAUUCUGACGCAUGCCCCCGAGGAGGAUGACGGUCUGCUGUUGCCAGCCUCAGAUCUAUCUAAUGUGUUGAAGUGGUCGAAGGACAUCGCCUCGGAUAUACAUUUAUCUUCAGCUCUGCAACGUCUGACGGAAAUCGCAACGGAGCAAUCCGGGGCCCAAGUCGCAUCUCUAGUCGUAUCCGGAGAAGCAGGAGAGUACAACAUGGCCACAAGCAUCCUGACGCCAGAGCCCUGCCGAACAUACGAGAAACCUGUUUCGAUUCGAAAUAUUCCUGAUCCCCUGCAGAGAGCUAUCAUUGAUUAUGCGCUCAAUGGCAAAGAGCGGGUUUUCCUUGAGGAGGUUUCAUCGGACUCACGUUUCGCUUCGGAGGCAGAGGAGAGCCCGUACACAUCGGUCAUAUGCUUGCCUCUGUUCUCAAAUCGUGGUCAGACCUUAGGCGCUCUAUACAUGGCAGCGAAAAGCCCCUUCGCAUCGAAGACAUACACAGUCAUGACCUUGCUGGUGCAGCAGGCGAGCAUUAGUAUAGCGAACGCUUUGCUGUUCCGGUCUGUGCAAUCAGGUACGAGGGAAAAUUUGAAGAUGAUACAGACGCAGAGGGAAGCUCUGGAGGCUGCGAGGAGGAGUCGAGAGGAAGCGUUGCAAGCCACAAAGAUCAAGAGCUCUUUUCUUGCCUCAAUGAGCCACGAGCUCAGGACUCCAUUUUCCUCUUUCUACGGUUUACUGGACAUAUUAUGGGGGACGGAGCUCAAUGUAGGGCAGCGUGAGCUAGUGCAAACGGCCAAACAGAGCUGUGAGCUCUUGCUCAAGAUCAUUGAUUCCAUACUGGACUACAGCAAACUCGAAGCAUCAGCCCUCAAGCUAGAAAAUUCCGGUUUCGCUGUUGAAGGCCUAAUCGCAGACUGCAUGGAACUUUUGUUGCCUCAGGCUGCCCAUAACGGUCUUGAUCUGGCGUUCGACAUUGCACCGGAUGUUCCAGCUUGGGUGGAGGCGGAUUAUGCACGUAUCCGCCAAGUGCUCAUGAACCUCAUCGGUAACGCUGUGAAGUUCACACAAGACGGAGGAUCUGUCAAAGUGACUUGCGUCAUGGACAAAACACCAACUGGCCCCGAUGGAAAGCGCUCUUCGGUGGAGCUGAAGUUCGUCAUUCAAGAUACUGGUAUUGGCCUUUCGCCUAGCGAUGUUGAACUCCUCUUCAUACCUUUCCAGCAAGCCGACAAUUCUUCCACAAGACGGUAUGGGGGUACAGGGCUUGGGCUCUCUAUAUGUCGGUCGCUAGUCAUGCUCAUGGGUGGCGACAUUGGGGUAAAAUCGGAGCUCGGGAAAGGGUCUACCUUUUAUUUCCAUGUCCCGGUUGCUCUUUUCGAGUCUCGAGAAUCUCGUAAAGCAAUGUCCGAUCUUGCUCUUCUUCGAGCUCGACUACUCAGGCCACAGCCACCUCGCAUUGUCAUCAAUUCCCCUUCAGAUACUACGUUGUCUCUGCUCAGGACGAUGCUCGAAGGCUUCGAUGUAACGGCGGUCUCCACGACUGGCGAGCUCAUGAAUGCCAUCCACACCUUCGGUCAAUCUCUCUCCUACAUCAUCAUCGAUCAUCAAUCCGAAACCCAUGCGGAUGAUAUGGCCCGUCAGACCCUCCCAAAUACGAAGGUCAUCCACUUGUAUACGCCUGUAGCGGAGGGAGUGACGGGGCAUGCGAUGAUGAGGGAUAAUGUUCCUGGCGUCAUGCGUUUGACGAAGCCUCCUCGUACAGUUCGGAUAUUGCACGCCUUGGCCAGCCUUAGUAACAUGCCUCCGGAGCUUUACGCCAACAUCACUAAUGAGCCAUCGCCUGCUUCUGAAGAACUACCGCCACCGCAGAGAAUGCUGUUCGGAAAUGUGCUGGUAGCGGAAGACAACCCUAUAGCUCGCCAGCUACUCAGAAAGCAGCUGGAGAACUACGAUCUCAAGGUGGUUGCUGCCUCAAAUGGUCAGGAAGCAGUGUCUAUGUGGGAAUCGCACGAGCCUGGGUUCUUCAGUGUCGCAUUGUUCGAUCAUCAUAUGCCAGUAUGCGACGGUGUGGAGGCUGCGAAGAGAGUACGAGAACUUGAAUCUCGUCGAGAGUUGACAGUUCGAUUACCAAUUGUUGCCCUCAGUGCUGAUUGUCAGGAAUCAACGAAGAGAUUAUGUCUAAGUGCAGGCAUGGACGCUUUUCUAAGCAAACCUUUGCGGAAAGCCGACCAACUAUUGUUGCUCUCCUUGUUCAACGCCUCUAUAGUGCAUACGCCCGGUCCCCAAUAACACCUUGCAUCUUACUGGAUUUUCCCUGCCUCCGGGCCACCAACUAUACACGCAACGACUACUUACCUUAUUGACCAUCUUCCCUUCUCUACCAUCUGCGCAUGACAAUGUUGUAUCCUUAUGUUGCGGUUUCCGCAUCACGAGCUGUGAUGAUACCAAUAUCUCCGUCGUCCUCUCAUAUAUUUCUGCUGCUCGCUAUCUACCAUGUUUUUCGAGUUCUCGUUACCGUGAUGUUCUACAGCUCGCCGCUCGCCAUCCAUUUUUUUUACGGCUCCCUCACCGC